AUCUGAAGGUAGGACUCACAGUUGUCACAGCCGUCGUAUUCAAACUGGUCGAUCGUCUAAAGGGGACAAGGAGGAGAGGAAAGGUUUGGUUUUAAAGUCCUUUAUUCCACUAUCGCGAGAACCGCAAAACAUUCUACAACAUCAUUGAAAAACAAACAAAAUCAUGGGUGUUGGGGAAAGUCCCCUCCCCGAGACCAUCAACCCCAAUAACUUCCCAGCCAAGCUAUGGCGUCUGGUGAACAACCCGGCAAAUAUUGCCAUCCGCUGGAACGAACAGGGCCAUGUCAUCAUCAUUGAUCAGCAUCUCUUCGAGGAGCAGAUCCUGUCCCCCAGCAGCAGCGCCUCAGACAACGUUGACGCCUUCAAGACAACCAACUUCUCAAGCUUUGUCCGCCAGCUCAACCUUUACGGCUUCAAGAAGGCCGACAUGACCGCAAAAGACGUCAGCGUCCAGUGGGACUGCGUGCGGUAUCACUAUUUCUACAACCCAAACUUCCUGCGGAACCGCCCUGAGCUUGUCGCGAGUCUGAGGAGGCUGACUGUCCAGAACAAGGCCAUGAUACAAGCUGGUCUGGAUGUGAAAAAUCGGGGCCGGAGCCAAUUCCGCCGUUACAGUGGGGGCUAUGAAGGCAGGGAUACAGAUGUUACAAGAGGCAACUAUUCCCUGAUGAGCCCCCCUCAUCAGGAGUUUUCUCAUCCGUACCAUAUAAACAAAGCUCAGGCCACGAUGGCUCACAAUGGUACGCCGGUCCCACCGAGAUUCCUGACGAGGGGUCAUGGUGCAGCUCUGUCACCCAGUGCCUUCGUGACAGACAAAGGGAUACCUGUAUCUUUCAGCCAGCACUACCCCACCGGAGCGGCCUCCAAUGCCAACGCCAUGCAUAUUCAGCAGGGUUUAUUGGCCUGCUCAAGCCGCGGAAAUCCAAAUUACACGUUCAAUGCGCAAUAUCAGCCUGGCUACUACUCCCCACUUUGCCAGUGCUACCAGUCGAACCUUGUGGCAUCCCAAAUGGCAGGUAGGGGCCUUUCGACAGGGUCGUUCUCAACCCACAGUUAUUACCAGGCAGGUUAUCCUGUGAGUAUGUUGCGUCAUGUUGACCACAAACAGGACUCAAAGACCAAGGAGCACCAGGAGGUGAAGAAAUGUGACAUUAACUUGGACACAGUUUUCCAGAUUGCAGAUGGGGUGAUGCAAACUCCGCCCAAUAGCAGCCUGGUUAGAGUUGUAACCCCACAGAAGCCAGGCCCCGUGCUUGUGCCGUUCUCCGGUAACAACCCAGCCGGAACAGUGAAAUCUAACCAUUUGUCCCCUGUGACCGUCAGGGCCGAUCUAGUCUCAUUUCAACAGGAGGAAUCAGUGAUUUCACUCACUGAGCAAUUGCCGGAAGAUGCCAUAUGUGAGGUUACCGUUGAUGAUGCAAAGGACACUGAGGUUAUAGGUGUCGAGGUUAACGAUCUGAGGGACAGCACUCAGGCCGAGAGCAGCACAGGGAGCGCGACCAAUCUCUACAGACAUUAUUGAACAUUUAGGGAGCACGUCCAGAAUGAAACUAGUGGAAGAAAGGUUUACUGACAGUUGGUAGUAUUUCUUGUUUUGGCGUGCGACAGGGAGUCUUGAUUCACUGCACGAUGUGAUCUUAAAUUCUCACUAUUACCAGACUUUAAUCUCCAUUUUUAAUGAUUCUUUGUAUUGCAAAGGUCUGUUGAUGUGUUCAGAUUGAAAUCUUUUUUUAAAUUAUUUAAAUAAUUGUAUAAAUUGUUUUGUGUUGUACAUUUCUGUGUUUCUUUAUUGUAAGUGACUUUGGAACAUUUUAAAAUGUAAGUAACAGUCACAGUCCUAUUUUCUUUUGUGGAAUUACUUGUACUGGUACCACGGUAAAUAUUUAAAAAUAAAUUGUACAGGCACAUUUAUACCUCGACAUUUUUGCCACAGUAGUAUCUCAAAUGUAAUGCUUUUUAAGAAUUGUUGUUUGAAGUAUAAUUUAUUCAGAUUUGUUGCAGUCGGGCUGACACAGCCUCUCAUUUUAAUUUACAGGUGUUUGACUUCAAUUUGUCUGCUUUUAAUACCUUAAUCGGUUUGUUGUAACAAACUGAUGGAAUGGGGAAGAAAAUGUUGAAUGAAUUGCAUUAAAUUAUAAUUAUUAGAUCUACUAGUGAUACUUUGC